CAUAGAUUUUGCUAUUAAUGAAUCCUUAGUCAUCUUUAAAUAUAAUUAGCCAUUUUCUUGUAUGAAUGGAAAUGCUAAACCAACAACAAUAGAUUCCACUCCAAAACAUCUCCCAAGAGACAGAGAGAGAUGGAAAAAUACAACCAACUGUUUGAUGUUAUAGUGAUUGGAGCAGGGGUCAUGGGCAGCUCCACAGCUUAUCAGACUGCAAGACGCGGCCUGAAAACGCUCCUCCUAGAGCAAUUUGACUUCCUCCACCCCCGAGGCUCGUCUCAUGGCGAAUCCAGAACCAUCCGAGCUACCUACAAGAAAGACUACUACUGCAGCAUGGCUUUAGAAUCAUCUCGCCUUUGGGAAGAAGCUGAGGCUGAAAUUGGAUACAAAGUCUAUUUCAAGACCAGUCAUCUCGACAUGGGGCCAUCAGACAGCGAAUUUCUGCAGGAAGCCAUUGCUAGCUGCCAAACGAACUCCAUCCCUGUCAGGGUUCUCGAUCGUAGUGAAGUGUUUGAGGAGUUUUCUGGUAAAUUUCAGCCCCCUGAAGGCUGGAUUGGUAUGGUGACUCCACAAGGAGGAGUCAUUAAAGCAACCAAGGCUGUGGCCAUGUUUCAAACACUUGGAGUGCAAAGUGGCGCCGUGCUUAAAGACAACACAGAAGUGGUGGAUAUUAAGAAAGAUCAAUCCACAGGUGAGAUCGUUGUCUUCACAAGGGCUGAUGAAAAAUUCCGGGCCAAAAAGUGCGUAAUUACAGUAGGGGCAUGGACGAGAAGAUUGAUCAAAACAGUAAGAGGAAUCACCCUCCCGAUUCAACCAGUGGAAAUCGCCGCCUAUUACUGGAAGAUUAAAAACGGCCAUGAAGACAAAUUCACCAUCGAGAACGGCUUCCCAACUUUUGGAAGCCACGGGGAUCCGCACAUAUACGGCACCCCGUCGUUGGAAUUCCCGGGGCUGAUCAAGAUCCCUAUUGACGAAGGCGGCGCCUGCGAGCCAGAAGAGAGGACAUGGGCAGCUCCACCGGACAUGUUGGAUUCAUUGCGUGAAUGUAUUAGAGAACGAUUCGGGGGGCUGGUGGAUAGUAAUGGGCCGGUGAUAACCCAAUCUUGCAUGUAUUCAGUGACCCCCGAUAAGGAUUAUGUGAUUGAUUUUCUGGGAGGGGAGUUCGGCGAGGACGCGCUGGUUGCAGGAGGAUUUUCCGGGCAUGGGUUUAAGAUGGCGCCAGUGGUGGGGCGGGUUGCGGCGGAGCUGGUGGCUAGUGGGACGGCGGAGGGCGUCGCUCUGACGCACUUUAGGAUAGCCAGGUUUGAGAAGAACCUUAGAGGAAACUGAGUCAUGAUGAUGAAGGCUGGCUAGAUCACAUCUAAUUUUAAUUCUACUAAAAUUACUUAUCAAAUAAAUAAAUAAGAUGGGUGAUUUACAUUA